AUGGCGGCGGCCCGGGAGUUCCACCUGCCCCUCUCCCCCGCCGAUCUGCUGCGGGACUGUGGCCCUGGGCGCUACGUAGUGCAGGAGGUGCUGCCCGCCCGCGAGCUGCCGCCCGCCCUCACGGCCUUCCGGACUGCCUUUCGGGCUCAGGGCGCGCUGGCAGUGCUGCAGCAUUUCGACCCCCUCUACAGCUUGCUGCACCACUUCCAAGCUGUGGGGACUGAUGUCAAGGAGGAUGCCCUGGAGCUGAUGAUGCGCGUGGUGUCCCAUCAUUCCAAUGAACUUCCUGCCAUCUUGGGUGAUUCUGGGCUAAGCCGCGCAGACCGCACUGCUCACCUCAAUGCUCUCAAGAUGAACUGCUACUUGCUGACUGGCCUGGUGGAUGCCUUUGAAAUGGAGACCUGCAAAAGUGGUUUGUUGGAGAACAAGAAGAACCGUACCAAGACCUCUGGAUCCUUGUGGGAAGAGGAGAGGGAGCCGCUCUUAAGGCUACUCACGCAGCUGCUGCAGCUGGAUCUCCAUAAGCUUUGGGGUGGUUCAGUGAUGGAAGAAGAGUUUGUCAGCUUAAUGACAGGAAGCUGCUACCGUAUCCUGGAGAAUUCGAGUAUUGGUCUUCAGAAGUACCGGGCCACACGGGAGGCUGUGACACAUCUGCUUGCCACAGCUCUGGUUCAUUAUGAUCACAUGUUCAGUGCCACUCUGAAGAUCACGCAGAUGCUGCAGCACUUUGAACACGUAGCCCCAGUGUUUGCACAGGCUGUGAGCCUCUGGGCUACAGAGUAUGGUCUGAAAAGCCUGGUGGGUGAAUUGCUAAGGGAAAUUGGACAAAAAUGUCCGCAGGAUCUGACUCGCGAUGCUUCUGGUAUCAAGGGUUAUGCUACCUUUAUAACUGAACUGGCUGAACAGAUUCCAGCUCUGGUGCUAUCCAACAUGAGCGUUCUCCUGCGUCACUUGGAUGGGGAGAGUUACAUGAUGCGAAAUGCCAUUCUGGUGGCUAUGACAGAAGUGCUGGUGCAGGUGCUGAAUGGUGACCAGCUGGAGGAAGCUGCCCGUGGUACUCGGGACCAGUUCCUGAAUAUGCUGCAGGCCCAUGUCUGUGACAUCAAUGGCUUUGUGCGCAGCCGUGUGCUGCAGCUUUUCACUCGAAUCGUUCAGUGCAAGGCUCUGCCUUUGACUCAGUUUCAGACUGUGGUAUCGCUGGCUGUUGGGCGUCUCAGAGACAAAUCUGUGGUAGUAGCUAAAAAUGCGAUCCAGCUCCUGGCUGCGUUUUUAUCCAACAAUCCCUUCUCCAGCAAGCUAAGCUGUACUGACUUGGCUGAGCCACUGAAGAAAGAGGUGCAGAAGCUGCAAGAAAUGAGAGACCGUGACAAAUCCACAGCAGCUCCAGUGAUCACCCCAGAGGAAGAGUGGGAAGCGAUGCUGCCAGAAGUUAGGGCUGCCACACAGCAGCUCUUUCAACCACAGCAGGAAGGGGAAGAGGAGGUGCUGGAAGUUGAGGAAACAGCGGAGAGUACAUCGGAGCAAAUCACUAGGCUGCUGAGGAAGCUGAAUUACAAGAGUGCAGCCCGCCUUACACAGAAGGCCCUGUGUCGCUUCCAGGGGAAGGAGCCCUUCAGUGGCCCCACAGAGGAAAAUGGGGAGGCAACAAUCCUGGGUGUUCUGAAGAGACUUUACACAGGUUCAUGCCCAGGUGAGAACAGUGAGGAUCCUCCACAUGGCAACAGUACUUGUAAGACCAAAGAAGUUGUACCAGAAGAGCAGUCUCAGACAGAGCUGGUCAAACAGGAGAUGUUGGUGCAAUACCUGCAAGAUGCUUACAACUUCUCAGUGAAAAUUACAGAAGCCCUGAGCCUGAUCAGCAAGAUGAUGUAUGAAAACUGUGUCUCAGUGGUGCAGGAAGCCAUUGAGUUCUUUGUGACAGUCUCGCAGUUUGGUGUGCCCCAGGCACUGGUUGGAAUCCGCAGGAUGCUCCCCCUCAUAUGGUCAAGAGAGCCUGGUAUUAAGGAGGCUGUGCUGAACGCCUACAGGCGGCUCUAUCUGAGCCCCAGCGGGGAUUCGGAGAGGGCCAGAGCCCAAGGCCUGGUGCAUUCUCUCUCUCUCAUCAUGGUGGAUGCAUCGCUAGGAACGAUACAGUGCUUAGAAGAAAUAAUCUCGGAGUUUGUGCAGAAAGAUGAAAUAAAGCCUGCUGUGAUCCAGCUGCUUUGGGAGCGAUUCACGGAAAAAUCUCAGUGCUCAUCACUAGAGCGACGUGCUGCUGUGAUGCUGCUGGGGAUGAUGGCACGAGGGAAGCCAGAGAUCAUAGGUAGCAACUUGGACGUCUUGGUGACAGUAGGGCUGUCUGAGAAGGUAUGCGAAGACUAUCGCCUGGCUCAAGAAGUAUGCAGUGCCAUCGCCAAACUUGCCGGUAAACCUAAGUCAGCACUGGGGAAUAACAACGCACCUUUUCGACUGCCACAAAACCAUAUGCUCUUUGGUUGCCUGAGUAAGACUGUGAGUAAAGGCUUUGACCAGCCAAGUGGUCACUGGAUCCCCUUCAUGGAGUCAGCGGUAAUGCUCAUCUACCAGCUAGCGGAAGGGGCGGAGGAGAUAUGUGCUCACAUCCUGCAGGAGUGCAGUCAGCAAGCUCUGGAGAAGUUGCAGGAGGCUGAUGGGCAGAAAGCUGAUCCAGGAGUUCCUCCCAGCAGAGUCUCUGGUGGUGCUAGCAGUCUCCCCACGUUCCUGCUGACACACCUCGUGUCCCUUGUGGGACAGGUGGCACUGCAGCAGGUAGCACAUUUGGAAGUGUCAGUGAGUGCAGAGCUACACAGACGCCGCAUCCUCAGAGAGGAGGAGAAGACCAAGAAGCGUUCUGACAGCAGCAUGAGGCAGAAGAGACUCCGGAGCACAGGAAAUGAGACGACUAUGGAGGAGGAGCUGGGCCUUGUGGGAGCCACAGCUGAUGACACCGAGGCUGAGCUCAUCCGCAAUAUUUGUGAGAAAGAACUUCUAGAUGGGAAGCACCUGUUCUCUGCCUUUGUUCCACUGGUGCUCAAGAUCUGCAACAACCCUGGGCUCUACAGUGAUUCGGCGCUCUCGGCUGCUGCAGCCCUAACUCUUGGCAAACUCUGCAUGAUCAGCUCCGAGUUCUGUGACUCCCACUUGCGCCUGCUGUUCACUAUGAUGGAGAAGUCCACUCUGCCUGGUGUGAGAUCCAACCUCAUUAUUGCAGCAGGAGAUCUGGCUAUCCGUUUCCCCAACCUGGUGGAGCCUUGGACAUCGCACCUCUAUGCCAGGUUGCGGGACCCCUGCCCAAGCGUGAGGCAGACAGCUGGACUGGUGAUGACUCACCUCAUCCUCAAAGACAUGGUAAAGGUGAAGGGCCAAGUGAGCGAAAUGGCAGCUCUGCUUAUAGACCCAGAGGAGGCAAUCAUGGGAGUGGCUCAGAACUUUUUCAGUGAACUCUCCAACAAGGGUAAUGCCAUCUAUAACCUGCUUCCAGACAUAAUCAGUCGCCUCUCAGAUCCUGACUGCGGCGUAGAGGAGGAAUCCUUCCACAUUAUUAUGAGACAUCUAUUCUCAUAUAUUACAAAAGACAAACAGACAGAGAGCUUGGUGGAGAAACUCUGUCAGCGAUUCCGGACUGCCAGAACUGAGCGUCAAUAUCGGGAUCUGUCCCACUGCCUUACUCUGCUUCCCCUCUCAGAACGGGGCCUUCACAAGCUGCAGGACAACUUUGACUGCUUUGCAGACAAGCUCCAAGACCCAGCUGUCUACAGUUGUUUCCAAACUGUGCUGGUUCGAUUCCGCAGAGCAGGUGGCAAACCUGAAAAUAAAACUCUGGCUGAAGAGCUGGAGCAGAAGCUGUCUGCCUCCCAUAACCGAGGGCUGGAUUCAGCAGAGACAUGCCAGGAAGGUAGUAGAACUCCAAUGCCGGAGCCAGCCAAGCAGAAACCAACAGGAGGUUCACGCCGCCAGCCCCUGAGCACAGCCAACAGGGAUGAUGAUUUUGUCACACCCCAGCCUCGCACCUUCCGAAAUCAAAAGCAUGCCCAAAAGCGCCCUCCACCCAAAAAAGCUGUUAUCACCUUCUCCAGUGAUGAGGAGAACAGCUCUGAGGAUGAGCUAUCGGCAGAAUUAACAGAGGAAGAAACCCCCACCAAAACAACUCCCAUCACCAGAUCUUCAGCCCGCCGGCUGCGCUGAGGGAACCAUCUGCCACUGUCUUUAAAAAUAAAACUUCUUUUUUUGCA